UGCAAUUGGAACAAGUUUCCCUGUGUCUUAAAAGCGGGUCACUGUCAUGGUGGAAGAGCAAUUGCAAAAUUGGAUAUAGCGGGCGCAUUACAAGAUGCUGCUGGUUUGUUGUGUGGUCCUGUGAUUAAUAAUCAUGGUUCAUACUGCUGCAUCGAGCCAUAUAUUGAUGCCAAAUACGAUAUCUUGAUACAGAAGAUUGGCAGCAGCUAUAAGGCCUUUAUGCGCAAAUCAAUGACUGGAAAUUGGAAGACAAAUCAGGGCUCUGCGAUGCUGGAACAAAUGCCAAUCACCGAGAAAUACAAGAACUGGGUUGAUGAGGUAUCGGAACUUUUCGGUGGAAUGGAAAUUUGUGCACUGUCAGUGAUUGUCGCAAAAGAUAACAAGGAGUAUAUUUUGAAGGCAUCUGACUGUACGUUUAGUCUUAUUGGAGAUACACAAGAAGAGGAUAGACGUACAGUUGCUGAUAUCGUUAGUGCACGUAUGCAAAAUGUCUGCCGACCACCAAUUCCAAAAUCUCAAUCGAGACCAACAGUUGGAUCUCACACAGGCAGUCCAACAGAAGAAACUCCACCAAUUUCAGCUGGUCUCAGAAGUGGUUCAAUAACUGGAAACUUUCCACCAGGCGGUCCACCCCCACCAAUUCCAGAACGUCAAACACCUGGUGUUGGAUCAAUUGCACGUCAUGGAAGCUUAGGUGGAGCAAAUAUGGACAGUUCAGAAUCAUCAGCACCGUCACUUGCCAGUACAGGACGUAGAGAUUCACAAACAUCACAAUCAUCGCAAGCUGGCUCAAAAGCAUCACAACCACCACGUCCAACACAACAAUCGUCUGUCGUCGAUGAAGCUGAGGACACAAUGAAAAAUCUCCGUAAAACAUUCGCAGGAAUAUUCGGUGACAUGUAG